AUGCCUUUCCCACUAUCCGACGGUUCGUUCUUCAAGCAUCCCUCCUCGCCUCCAUCAACCCCUCUACCCAGAUCUCCACGCAAAGCCACCCCCUCUUCAUCACCUCCUUUCAAGACGCCGUCGCUGUUUCCCCUGGAGCCCUUAGCCGGCAUGCCUAGCUCUAGAGGAAAUCAGAACGACUACGCCAGUCUGGAAUUCUUCACCAACGGCGCGGACGAGAUGCAGAUGCGAGGGCUGUUGGCAGGAUCUCACCCUGAGAUCUACCAGCAUCUACCGAACGAUCAAGGAUCUCGACCGUUGCGUGAUCUCGGCCUCUCGGAUGUUUCUCGGAUCGAGCAACCUGAGUCAUCUGCUUCGUUCAGCGUAGCCGGUGAAACUUUUCCGGUUGUUUGCCAAGGGACGCCGAAUUCUGGGAGGGAGUUGAAAAACGGAGCUAGUUCUGCGUCAUGCACGCCUUCUGGUACCGCUGCAGACAUUGCGGCCAUGGAAGCUCAUUAUGUCACCGCUCUGGCCAAGGACCCGAAAGAUCCGCUCCUUCUUCGUAACUUCGCGCGUUUUCUUUACGAGGUCAAGGGAGAGCACGAAGAGGCUGAGAAACUCUUCGAGCGCGCGAUUACCGAAGCUCCUUAUGACGGGGAACUCUUGGUUCAGUACGCGAAGCUGCUGUGGGAAGGCAUGGGUGAUGCGAAUAAGGCCUCCAUUUUCUUUGAGCGAGCAGUCAACGCUGCACCGCAGGAUUGCUAUGUCCUGGCCGCGUAUGCAUCCUUCCUAUGGAAUUUCGACUCUCUACCUGAUGAGAACACCAGCGUCAUGGCUCCUGCUCCUCCAUAUUUACCCGCAACAUCUGCCGGUUGCGGAUAA